AUGGCUCAAGUAAAAGAACAUCCAAAAAAAGGUGGCGAGCAGAAGAGGGAGAAAAUUGUCGUUGCCGCCAUUGACUUUGGGUCGACCUACUCUGGGUACGCCUUUUCGUUUCGCGAUGAUUUCCAAACUAAUCCUUUGAAGAUUCACACAAACCACUGGUCAUCUGUCCAGUCUAGUGGAGUAUCAUACAAAGCACCGACAACUGUUUUGCUGAAUCCUGACCAGACGUUUCACAGCUUUGGUUACGACGCAGAGGAUAAAUAUGCAGAGCUGACCGAAUCCGAAGAACACAAUGAGUGGUACUACUUCAGUCGCUUCAAGAUGAAACUCAUGAAUGCACUGGAUAUAUCUAAAGAUCAAACAGGGAGUGAUCGUUUAUUUACUAAACUUGAGAGAAGUAUGGAAAUAGAAGACAUGGAUGGUAAAAAGAUGCCAUUUAUGACAAUCAUAGCGCACGCCAUUCGAUAUCUCAAAGAACAUUUAUUGCGCCAGUUGAACGACAAGAACAUUCUAGAAGCAGUAACCGCUGACGGCAUAUUCUGGGUAUUGACAGUUCCCGCCAUAUGGACAGACUCUGCUAAACAGUUUACAAGAGAAGCAGCGAGAGAAGCCGGAAUUCAAGACGAUCAGCUGAUGCUAGCGUAUGAGCCGGAAGCUGCCGCCCUAUACUGCCGCCUACUUCCGAUUGAUAGAUUUGAGAGUGGGGGUGAACAUCAGGAGCUAGUGCUGAAAACGUUUGAACGAGGGAGGAAAUUCAUGGUUAUUGAUAUUGGGGGAACAUCAGACUAUGACGUGAAAUCGACGGCUAAUUAG